CUCUUGAGUGUUUUAUUGAGUGUAAACAGAGUCUUGUCUCUGUGUAUUUUAGUGUUGAUGAUGAGAUGGAUGUGAUGUGCUGUAAAUCAGGAACUGGUCAGGGCUUACAGGAUGAGGAAUCUACUGAUCAAACCUCCACAGAGUCUCUGGAUUCUGUCUGGAACGCUGGAGAACAGCAGCAGAUCCUGCAGACCAAACUCAAGAUGUGUUCAGUAAAACUCAUGGACUGCAGGAACCUCAUGAUGAAGAUCAAAACUGAACCUACAGAAGAGGAAGAUCACACUGAGGAUGAUGCAGAUAAAGAUGGGGAUGAUGAUGAUUUUAUUCCUUCAGAUAUGAAGAGUGAAUCAAGUUCUGAAGAAGAAUCCUCCUCUACAUCAAAAGAGCGACUGACAGCACAAACACUUUCCUGCAGGAGAUGUAAGAUUAGCUUUACUACCUUACAAGAGAAGAAACUUCAUUCAGAAGAACACCGAGAGAAGAAGAAGUUUCACUGUGAGCAGUGUGGGAAAGUUUGUCUCUCUUCUUCUAGUCUGAAAGUUCACAUGAGGACACACAGUGGGGAAAAGCCUUUCCACUGCACUGAAUGUGACAAAUAUUUCCGCAGAAAACAAACUCUUGAUGUUCAUAAGAGGAUUCACAAAGGAGAAAAACCAUACGAGUGUCCUCAAUGUAAAAAGAGAUUCAGCCACAAACCUUAUAUAAAGAAACAUAUGCUCUUACACACCAAUGAGAGACCGUAUCAGUGCAGUGAAUGUGACAAAUAUUUCAGCAGCAAAGGAAGUCUUGUUGCUCAUAAGAGAAUUCACACAAGAGAAGAAACAUACGAGUGUCCUCACUGUGAGAUGAGAUUCAGACAAAAAGCCCUUCUGAAGAAACAUGUGCUUAUACACACCAAUGAGAGACCGUAUCAGUGCAAUCAAUGUGACAAAGCCUUUAGGUUUUCGGCUACUUUAAGGGCACACCAAAGAACUCACUCUGAGAAACAAUAUCAAUGUUCACACUGUGACAAACGUUUCUAUCAUAAAUCUUAUCUGAUAAUCCAUGAGAGAAUUCACACGGGAGAGAAACCUUAUCUCUGCUCUUACUGUGGUAAAAGCUUUGCUGAUCCAAGUACUUUUAAAGAGCAUCAGAGAGUUCACACUGGAGAGAAACCUCAUCAGUGCAAUGUUUGUGGAAAGCGCUUCACACGUCACGGUGCAUUUAAUGUUCAUCAGAAAAUUCACACCGGGGAAAAACCUCAUCGCUGCAUUUUGUGUGGGAAGAAUUUCAGUCGACGUGGCAAUUUAGUGACGCACCUAAGAAUUCAUACAGGUGAAAAACCUUACAGAUGCGCUCAGUGCGGAGAGGGGUUUAAUCAAGCGGUUCUUCUGAGAAUCCAUCAGAGAGUUCAUACUGGAGAGAAACCUUACCGCUGCUCCAUCUGUGGAGAGAGAUUCGCUAAUGUAGGACCUUUUAAGACUCAUCAGAAAAAACAUGCUGAACAACAAACUGACAAAUAACUUGCAUUGUU